UGGGGAUCGGAGGGAUCCCCGCGCCUUCGAGACGUGCACCUAUAAAUACAAUCAACUCUCCAUUUGCUUCUUCUCAGUACUUAGGAGUUGAACCCUAAAGGCCAUUGCCAAAGCUCUCCUCUUGCUCGUCGUAUUAUAUAUAUAUAUAUAGAAGAAGAGGCUGUGGCAGAAUCUUUACACAUUAUAUACAUAUAUUAUAUAUGUUCAUAUAAGUCGGAUUAUUCCCCCUUCCAGUUCCACGUCAGAUCCUUAAUGCUGUUGCUAAUACUGUUUGGUCGUAAAGAUGGGUGAUAAUUCAAGCAACGGCUCGGCGGGCGCUAAGAAGAAGGAUAGGCCGAUCAUGCCAGCCAAGAAGAUGAUGUGGUCCUCCAUUGGAUCGAUAUUCAUGCAUGCCGAUGGCAUGGACAAGGUCUUGAUGGCUCUCGGCAUCCUUGGAGCUGUGGGGGACGGCUUCUCCACCCCUCUGGUGCUGUUCAUCAGCAGCCGCUUGAUGAACAACAUCGGCGGCGCUUCGGGUUCUUCUAUGGACGCCUUCCUUCACAACAUCAAUAAGAAUGCAGUGGCUCUCUUGUACUUGGCUUGCGGAUCAUUCGUUGCAUGCUUCCUCGAGGGAUACUGCUGGACAAGGACAGGAGAGAGGCAGGCAGCAAGGAUGAGGCACAGAUACUUGAAAGCGGUGUUGAGGCAAGAUGUCGGUUAUUUCGACUUGCACGUUACGAGCACGUCCGAGGUUAUCACUAGCGUUUCUAAUGACAGCCUUGUCAUUCAAGAUGCUCUUAGUGAAAAGGUUCCAAACUUCUUGAUGAAUGCGGCAAUGUUCCUUGGCAGCUACAUUGUGGCCUUCCUGAUGCUGUGGAAGCUAGCCAUCGUGGGCUUCCCCUUCGUGAUUCUCCUCGUAAUCCCAGGACUCAUGUACGGUCGCACUCUGAUUGGGUUGGCCCGAAAGAUCAGUAAAGAGUACAACAAGGCCGGCACAAUAGCAGAGCAGGCAGUGUCAUCAAUACGGACUGUCUAUGCAUUUGUUGGGGAAAGCAAGACUACAAGUGAGUUCUCGGCCGCUCUGCAAGGAUCGGUGAAGCUGGGACUCAGGCAAGGCCUGGCGAAGGGUUUGGCCAUCGGGAGCAAUGGGGUGGUGUUUGCCAUAUGGUCCUUCAUGUCAUACUACGGCAGCCGGAUGGUCAUGUACCAUGGGGCUCAGGGUGGGACGGUUUUUGCCGUCGGCGCUGCCAUCGCUGUCGGUGGACUGGCACUGGGAGCUGGGUUACCCAACUUAAAGUACUUCUCCGAAGCAUGUUCAGCUGGUGAACGCAUCAUGGAAGUGAUCAACAGAGUUCCAAAGAUCGACUCUGAUAGCAUGGACGGUGAAAUCCUCGACAACAUUUCCGGCGAGGUCGAGUUCAAGAAUGUCGAGUUUGCAUACCCAUCAAGACCCGAAAGCCUAAUUCUAAGGAACUUCUGCCUAAAGGUGCCGGCAGGUAGGACAGUGGCGCUAGUGGGCGGGAGUGGAUCGGGGAAGUCGACAGUGAUAUCACUAAUCCAAAGAUUCUACGACCCAAAUGGAGGUGAGAUCCUUCUUGAUGGGGUGGGGAUUGAGAAGUUGCAGCUGAAGUGGCUUAGGUCACAGAUGGGCCUGGUUAGUCAAGAGCCUGCACUUUUUGCCACCUCCAUUAAGGAGAACAUCCUCUUUGGGAAGGAAGAUGCCACUUUUGAUGAGGUUGUGGAGGCCGCUAAGGCAUCAAAUGCCCACAACUUCAUCUCCCAAUUGCCCCAAGGAUACGGCACUCAGGUUGGCGAAAGAGGAGUUCAAAUGUCCGGUGGUCAGAAACAGAGGAUUGCUAUUGCAAGAGCGAUAAUCAAAUCGCCACGACUUCUCCUUCUAGAUGAGGCCACUAGUGCAUUGGACUCCGAGUCCGAGCGAGUCGUUCAAGAAGCUCUAGACAAAGCUUCCAUCGGCCGCACCACCAUUGUCAUUGCUCAUCGCCUAUCUACCAUCAGGAAUGCCGAUAUCAUAGCGGUUGUCCAAAAUGGGCAGGUUGUUGAAAGUGGUUCGCAUGACGAGCUAAUCCAGCACAAGGAUGGUCUCUACACCUCGCUAGUCCGGCUCCAACAGACCGAACCAACCGACGACCGCAGCACGACUGCUGUCACAGCUACAGCCUCGAGCCCCUUAGCAAACACCUUGGCCGACACGAGCAACGCCAGUAGCCGUCGGCUUUCCCUGAUGAGCCACUCAAGCUCUGCCAGCCGGGUCUCCUCAUUAAUCGAGCCGGGAACUGUGCCCGACAAUGGCCCACUACCCGUUCCAUCCUUCAGACGGCUCCUAGCCCUGAACUUGCCGGAAUGGAAGCAGGCAAUCCUGGGGUGCCUGAGCGCUGUACUUUUUGGUGCUGUGCAGCCGCUCUACGCAUUCGCGAUGGGGUCGAUGGUCUCGGUUUACUUCUUGGUCGAUCACAACGAGAUCAAGGACAAGACAAGGACGUAUGCCCUUUGCUUCCUAGGGCUGGCCGUCUUCUCCAUGUUAGUUAAUGUCAGCCAACACUAUAAUUUUGCUUACAUGGGGGAGUACCUGACAAAGAGAAUAAGGGAAAGGAUGCUUUCCAAGAUAUUGACAUUCGAAGUCGGGUGGUUCGAUCAAGACGAGAAUUCAAGCGGUGCCAUUUGCUCUCGACUUGCUAAAGACGCCAACGUGGUGAGAUCUCUGGUGGGUGACAGGACAGCACUUCUGGUCCAGACCAUCUCAGCAGUGACCAUUGCAUGCACAAUGGGCCUGAUCAUUGCAUGGAGGCUAGCCCUGGUGAUGAUAGCCGUUCAGCCAUUGAUCAUCGUUUGCUUCUACACAAGAAGAGUGCUGCUCAAGAGCAUGUCUCAGAAGGCCAUAAAAGCACAAGACGAGAGCAGCAAGCUCGCGGCUGAGGCCGUGUCCAACCUUAGAACCAUCACGGCCUUCUCUUCUCAGGACCGCAUCCUUAGGAUGCUCGAGAAGUCCCAGGAGGGCCCUAGGAGAGAGAGCAUUAAGCAGUCGUGGUACGCUGGGCUUGGGCUCGGGGCGUCCCAGAGCCUGACCUCCUGCACCUGGGCUUUGGACUUUUGGUACGGCGGUAAGCUCAUCUCUGAAGGCUAUAUCACCGCAAAGUCGCUCUUCGAGACCUUCAUGAUCCUGGUGAGUACGGGAAGGGUUAUAGCAGAUGCUGGGAGCAUGACAACAGACCUUGCCAAGGGCUCCGAUGCUGUGGGUUCGGUAUUUGCUGUAUUGGAUCGGUACACUAGGAUCGAACCUGAGGACCCAGAAGGGGUCCGGCCCGAAAAGAUAAUGGGCCACGUGGAACUUCGCGAUGUGGACUUCGCGUACCCGGCUAGGCCUGAUGUCAUGAUCUUCCAGGACUUCUCAAUUAGGAUUGAGGCGGGGAAAUCGACGGCACUUGUAGGCCAGAGCGGGUCUGGCAAGUCGACCAUCAUCGGUCUGAUUGAAAGGUUCUACGACCCACUAAGGGGCACGGUGAAGAUCGACGGUCGGGACAUCAGGUCGUACCACCUCCGAUCACUGAGGAAGCACAUUGCACUCGUAAGCCAGGAGCCAACGCUGUUCGCCGGCACCAUAAGGGAGAACAUCAUGUACGGAGCGUCCGAGAGCACGGGCGAGGCCGAGAUCAUAGAGGCAGCCAAGGCUGCCAACGCGCAUGACUUCGUCGCGGCCCUCAAGGACGGGUACGACACAUGGUGCGGGGACAGAGGGGUGCAGCUGUCAGGUGGGCAGAAGCAGAGGAUCGCCAUCGCACGUGCUAUAUUGAGGAACCCGACGAUCCUGCUGCUGGACGAGGCGACAAGCGCGCUCGACAGCCAAUCGGAGAAAGUCGUCCAGGACGCGCUGGAGCGGCUGAUGGUGGGGAGGACAAGCGUGGUGGUUGCCCACAGGCUGAGCACUAUCCAGAACUGUGACCAGAUUGCUGUUUUGGAUAAGGGGAAGGUGGUGGAGAAAGGGAACCACUCGUCCCUACUGGCCAAAGGGCCGUCGGGGGCUUACUAUUCGCUAGUCAGCCUCCAGAGGACGGGGAGCUCUGCACAUUUGAACUAAAGCUAAGAAGAAGAAAUGGGAGAAAUGUGCACAUGACUUGUAAUAACCAAACGUACCAAAUCCAUAUCUAUCCCUACCCUUCCAUUAAUCUUUUGUAUAUUAGCAAAUGGAAGAGCCUGUUCCCUUGAAAGCUUCAACUCCUCUCCAAGUUGAAAUCUAGAAAAUGUAUAUCUUUGAGAAAAGGAUGUAGUCGACUGGCAAUGAAUCCAGUCUGAAACUAAAUUCGAUUCUCAUCGGUGUUCCUUUAUUUUCUUU